AUGGGCGUCGCCAGGCAGGAGUUGGAGGAAUCACAAUUCCAGGUCCCACAGACAAGAGUCCGGGUCACAGUCAGGCUGGAGUCGGAGACCAGAGAUCGGGAGACAAAGCAGAGUCUGGCGCUGCAGCAGGCCAAGCCAGCACCAGAGGAGAUUAUGCAGAGAGUCCGGGAGGACGUCCCCUGCUCCAUCUGCCUGGAUAUCUUGGACGACCCCGUCUCCAUUGAGUGCGGCCACAAAGUCUGCCGGGGCUGCCUCGCGGCUCACUGCAGCUCGGUGUCGUCCCAGACAUACCGGUGCCCCGAGUGCGGCCACCCCUGCUCCAAGCACAGGAUGAUCCCAGACACACGCAUCAAAAACCUGGUGGAGAAAAUCGGAGACACACCACAGGAGGGGAGAGAGACAGAGCGGGGGCGGGGUCCCAGCUCUGACCCUGCUCUCUCCCUGCAGCAGGGGCCAGGGGCUCAGCCAGCGCCGGGGCGCCCGGUGCAACUGGCGUGUCUGGACAAGGAAGGGGACCUGAUCCUGGACGAGGAGGCCCUGAGCCGCUGCCUGGAGCAGGGUGGGGUGGGGGAUGCCCCCGUCUGCCUGGUGUCCAUCAUCGGGGAGCAGCGCCGGGGCAAAUCCUUCCUGCUGAACUACCUGCUGCGUCGUCUCCAGAGCCUGGAUGCGAGGGACGGGUCAUGGAUGGGCCAGGAGGACGAGCUCCUGGAGGGGUUCGAGUGGCGCGCCGACAUGCAGCGAGUCACAAAGGGGGUGUGGGCGUGGAGUCAGCCCUUCUGGGUCCCGGCCAAGGGUGAGAAGGUGGCCGUGCUGCUGGUGGACACCGAGGGCUCCAUGGACAUUGAAAGGAACAAGGAGACCAGCAUCAAACUCUCCGCCUUGUCCAUGCUGCUCAGCUCCUACCAGAUACUGAACAUUGGCUGUCGGGUGAAGGACCCGGAUCUCGAAUACCUGGAGAUGUUUGUGCAGGUGGCUGAAGUGGUGGGAGAGGCCUAUGGACUGGACCCCAUUCAGCAUCUAGACCUGCUGGUGAGGGAUUGGAGCAGCUCCCAGGUCCUCGGAGCCCAGGGUGGGGAGCAGCAUCUCAGACACGUCAGACAGAUGCUGGCGGCGACGUCCCCUUGCAAACACCCCAAGGCCCUGGAAAUGCUGAAGAGAAACAGCACCCGCUGUUACCUGAUGCCCUUCCCCGGCAAGCGGAUCGUGACUGGGAUGGAGGGAACCCUGAGAGGCAUGGAUGAGGAUUUCCGGGAGCGGCUCAGGGACUACAUCACCGCCGUGGUGGGCUCGGCCAGUCGACAUGUCCAGAGGGACCAGCACGGGGAGCUGCUCACCGGGACACAGCUCGCUGCCAAGAUAAAGAAUUUAUCUGAUAUGAUGAAGAAGCAUUGCUUCGGCUUCUCCUCUCCCUGUCAGAUGGCCAUCACCUUCCACAACGAGAGAGCCAUGGACAGAGCCCGCCGAGACCACGCUGACUUUCUGAGAGAGAAGGACGGCGACUCCCGGACCCUGAUCUCCUGCCUGAAGGUGCGGCCGAGCAAGAUGGCGGAGCUGUUCGCGGAGCGGCGUGGGCAGCUGCUGGGGCGAUGCCGGACGGACAUGCGGGAGCCGGCGCCGGAGAAAGCGGCCCAGCUGACGGAGCUGGAGGAGGAGUUCACAGGGGAGGCCGAGACCUUCCUGCAGAGCUACGGGAAGCGCUUCAAGGAAUUCGUCAUCGCGGCGGGCGUGGGCGCGGGGGCGCUGGUGCUGGCCCCGGUGGGCGGCGCUGCCGGCGUCGGGAUCGCUGCGGCCGCUGCUCUCGGCAUGGCUGAGGCAGCAGCCCUUGGCGCUGGCGUGGGUGCCGUGGCCGGGAUCUGCGUGGGCGGGGGCGUGGGCGGCAGUAUCUCUCGGAGGGAUACGAUGAGGGCCGAGGCCACCGCCGGCCAAAGGGAGCAAGGGGAUGGCACCGAGGAGCAGUCCGAUGAGGCUUACCUUUUGCUGCUGCCGAUGUAA